ACCAUCAACUACGGAAUCCUGUGUGGUCUUAGAAGGUAACAGGUUAGUCACAUGGUGUUCAUCAAUAAUCAAUAAUCAUCAUAGAUUAGAGCCGAGGACACCAAAGCAAAAGUGAAUUUGGCGACUUUUUGCACGAAGGGUCUUUAGUCGGAGACCCAGGAGGUGGAGCUGUGGCCGCUUGGAUCGUUCACGUAAGGCGCAUCUGUGGCACAACAUGCAUGGAGGAAGACAAGAUGGCGGCAACUUCUCGCGACAAAUGUCAAUAUACCAGCUGUUAUUGUGAAGAAAAUGUUUGGAAAGUUUGUGAGUUGAUCAGGAAGGAGAAAAGUUUUCCUCUGGAAGAAUUCUUUGUCAUUUUCAUUUCCAACGACAACAAGAAGGUUCCACUGUGGGAGCAGAAGUCUGCACAAGGACAGCAGCCUGUCAUCUGGGACUACCAUGUGGUUCUGCUUCACGUCUGUCCUCGCUCUGAAGCCUUCCUGUAUGAUCUGGACUCUGUGCUGCCGUUUCCCUGCACCCUGAAGAUGUAUGCUAGGCACGCCUUACGCACUGACCACUGCCUCUUACCCGAGUACCACAGGAAGUUGCGUGUGGUCCCCGCUGACUACUUCCUGUUGAACUUUGCGUCUGAUCGCUCGCACAUGAAGGAAGAGGACGGGUCCUGGAAGAUGCCGCCCCCACCUUACCCACCAAUCCACACUGCAGACUCCAGCAUGAACCUGCAGCUCUUCAUCAGCAUGGAACCUUCUGUGGGAUGGGGACACGUUUACACUCUGGACCACUUCCUGUGCCACUUCCUCAAAGAACCCCGUGUCUGAGUGUACCUCUCUGCGUGUGUGUGUGUGUGUGUGUGUGCGUGUGUGUGUGUGCGUGCGUGCGUGCGUGUGUGUGCGUGCGUGCGUGUGUGUGUGCGUGCGUGUGUGUGUGUGCGUGCGUGUGUGUGUGCGUGCGUGUGUGUGCGCACGUGCGUGAGUGUGUGUGUGCGUGCGUGCGUGUGUGUGUGUGUGUGUAUGUGUGUAUGUUAGGGUUGUCUUGAUACCAAAGUUUUGGUAUUGGUUCCAAAAUGUAUUGGAUACUUUUGUAAAUAAAAGGGAGCACAAAAGA